CUGAAGUGUAAGAGGAGACAGGGAAUGACAUUUCUCACAGGUCUCCAAUCGCUUCAAUUGCUCAGCUGAAGUCCAUUCACUAUGGGCAUUCCAUUGAACCUGCUCCUGAUACUCCUCUUCUACACACAAGUGCACGCAGGGCGUAUCUAUGGGGGCAAGGAGGCUGUGCCCCACAGCAGACCCUACAUGGUUCUCCUGGAGAAAGCUGUCACCAACAACCUGAAGCCAGGAAGCUGUUGUGGUUUUCUAGUGAGAGAAGACUUUGUGAUGACUGCCGCCCACUGCAAUGGGAGAUCCAUUAAGGUCAAGCUGGGAGUCCACAAUGUGCAGCAAGGUCAGGAAAUGCUUGUGAAACAGGCAUUUCCACAUCCAAAUUAUGAUGAAGAAUAUAAUAAUGAUAUCAUGCUACUCAAGCUGGAGGAGAUUGCAGUUUUCACCGACCGUGUGAGACCCAUUGGCCUCCCGCUGACAAAAGAUGAGGAGGUGCCCAAGGACUGUCUGGUGUCAGGCUGGGGACACACUAUCAGGAAUGUAAAGCAAGGCUCCCCUGUGCUUCAGGACCUCAACGUGACACUGGAUGAGAAUCAACUUUGCUCUGACAACCAUCAGGUCUGCUCAUCAGGACUAAAUGGACCUGCUCAGGGAGACUCUGGUGGUCCAUUAGUCUGUAACGGUGUGGCCUAUGGGGUGGUGUCUACCAAGACUAGAAACAACACCUACAUCUACAUGCGCAUCCCUGACUUCCUGGACUGGAUCAAUGACACCAUGAAGAAUUGAUAUGUCACUGACCAGAAACAUUUUGUUAAUUUGGUCAACCAGGUGCCUAGAACAUGAUUAUGAUACUGUGACGAAUCCUAAUGUGCUUAUGAUGCUUUCUGAUUGAUUUACCAGUGCUGGUUAAUGUCUUUGCCCAGAGCCGCCUCUUCCUAUACGGAUACUUUUUGUUGUUUUGUUGUUGUUUGUUUUUUUCAGUGAGAGUUUGAGAAGUAGAAUACACAAGGUGCCAUUUUGAAAUUUUGUGGUGCAUCAGCAGUUUUUUUUAUGUCAGUCACUGACAGUCACUCAAUUAACCCAUACUAGCUAAUCAAUUUGUAAUGCUAGGUAAGGUAGUCUAGCCAGCUAUCUAAACUUUGUAGAUGGCCUUAUCAUCACCAAAUUACCAACCGGGCACGCAGGGCAUGUGCCCAGAGGCCCUGACCUCCAGGGGCCCCCAUUGAUUUGUUAGUCACUCUCACAGAGAUAUCAUGUUUUUGUAUUUAUUAAGGAUCCCCAUUAGCUGUUGCCAAGGCAGCAGGUACUCUUCCUGGGGUCCAAACACAUUAAGGCACUUACAUCACACAAAACAAAAGAUAAAACAGUACUUCAUAUAACAUUAUUACACCACUACAUAUCUACAAUAUAAAAUGUAUAAUACCACCAUACAACAAUAUUACAAUGUACAUGUGUGUAGAGUGCAUGUGCUAGCGUUUGUGUGCAUAUGUGUGUCUGUACCUGUGUGUGUCUCUUCACGGUACCUGCUGGUCCAAAAGGUGUAUUUUCAUAUUUAAAAAAAAAUCUGAUUCUACUGCUUGCAUCAUUUACCUGAUGUGGAAUAUAGUUCCAUGUAGUCAUGGCUCGAUGUAGUACUGUGCGCCUCCCACAGUCUGUUCUGUACUUUGAGACUGUGAAGAGACCUUAGGUGGCAUGUCUUGUGGGGUAUGCAUGUGUGUCUGAGCUGUGUGCUAGUAUUUUAAACAGACAGCUCUGUGCAUUCAGCUUGUCAACACUUCUUACAAAAACAAGUAGUGAUGUAGUCAA